GCCUAAUCAAGUCCUUAUUCACCAGAAGCUGCUCAGAAGAUUCCUGGAUUUAGUUCGAGAAUUGAUUGCAGCUGUAAUGGAUGCAUUUGGAUUUGCUCCUUGGAGGUUCGAUUUUUUCUGCUUUCAGUUUGAGCUGCUGAAUCCAGCUGAUUUAAGUUUGGAGUCGAUUGUUUUUGGCUUAGUUUUGUUGAUUGCGCGAUUCAUUUUUCUAAUUUGUUGAGUUCAUGAGUUCAUCAAUCGGGGCUUCCGGCGGAACAGUUUUGUUGAUGGGAACUCCUGAUUAUAGGUUGGUUGAUGUUGUGAAGUCGUGGUCGUGGAUCGGUAGGUGGAGUGAGCCGCCGACUUUGUCCAAGGAAUUUUGGAUGCCCGAUAAGAGUUGUAGGGUAUGCUACGCGUGUGACUCCCAGUUUACCGUAUUCAACCGGAAGCAUCAUUGUCGGCUUUGUGGCAGGGUUUUCUGUGGCAGGUGCACGGCAAACUGGGUUCCUCCCCCAUUUUAUGAGCCAAGGUCCAGUCGGGAAGAUUGGGAGAGGGUUAGAGUAUGCAAUUAUUGUUUCAAGCAGCGGCAGCAGGAAAUAUCAGGAGUUGAUGGUGGGACCAAUGCACCUAGUCCCGUUCUCAGUCCUUCACCAUCUACCACGAGCUUGGUCAGCACCAAGUCGAGCUGCACUAGUAAUAAUAGCGGCAGCAGUGUUGGUUCUACUCCUUAUUCAACUGGUCCUUACCACUGUGUCAACUACGAUUCUUGUCCUAGUCCCCGUCAAGCUGCCCAAAUGAACGCCCCAUCAUUUGAGCAAAACAAUGAAACACCUGGGAGGGGCACAAAUCCAAGUGAAGCUGUGUUAGAUUCAUCUCCAAAUCAUUUUGGAUUUUCUGGUAACAGGAGUGAUGAUGAAGAUGAUGAUUAUGGUGCUUAUUAUUCAGAUUCUGAACAAAGGCAUUAUUCUCAGGCCGAAGAUUAUGUUGCUGCUAUCAAUUUUGAUGAAAUCAAUCAUGACCAUGGAUCAAAUAAAGUGCAACUUGAUGGAGAUAACAUUGAUGCAGGAACAUUAAGUAGCUCACAAUUACCUCAGAACUUUAAUUCUCAGGAAGCACAUGAAAUCGAUAAAGUUGAGGAAGUGGAUAAGCCUGAUAAUGGUGUUGCAUAUAAUGUUCCUGGGUAUGAUGUGAAUGGUGCAGACACUGAACGUGUAGAUUUUGAUAACAAUGGGCUACUUUGGCUACCUCCUGACCCAGAGGAUGAAGAGGAUGAGAGAGAAGCUCUUUUAUUUGAUGAAGAUGAUGAUGAUGCUACAGGGGAGUGGGGAUAUUUACGAUCAAAUAGUUUUGGUGGUGGGGAAUACCGCAAUAGGGAUAAGUCAAUUGAGGAGCACAAGAGGGCCAUGAAAAAUGUGGUGGAAGGGCAUUUUAGAGCUUUGGUAGCUCAGCUUUUGCAGGUUGAGAACCUGCCUGUCGGUGAUGAAGAUGGCAGAGAAAGUUGGUUGGAUAUAAUCACAUCUUUGUCAUGGGAGGCUGCUACACUCCUUAAGCCAGAUACAAGCAGGGGAGGAGGAAUGGAUCCAGGAGGAUAUGUGAAGGUUAAAUGCGUAGCUUGUGGGAAUCGGAAUGAAAGUACUGUGGUUAAAGGAGUUGUUUGUAAGAAAAAUGUGGCUCAUCGGCGAAUGACAUCAAAAAUAGAUAAGCCGCGGCUUCUAAUUCUUGGAGGAGCUUUGGAGUAUCAGCGUGUUGCUAAUCACUUGUCGAGUUUGGAUACUUUAUUACAGCAGGAAAUGGACCAUUUGAAGAUGGCAGUUGCUAAGAUUUAUGCCUACCGCCCUAAUGUUCUAUUAGUGGAGAAGUCAGUAUCUAGGCAUGCACAGGAGUACCUUCUUGCAAAAGACAUAUCACUUGUUCUGAAUAUUAAAAGGUCACUCUUAGAGCGUAUAGCACGCUGUACUGGGGCAGAAAUAGCCCCGUCCAUUGAUCAUCUUACAUCACAGAAGCUGGGGUACUGUGACACAUUCCAUGUGGACAAAUUUUUUGAAGUGCAUGGAAGUGCAGGGCAAGAUGAGAAGAAGUUGACGAAAACUCUAAUGUUCUUUGAGGGAUGCCCCAGGCCUCUGGGUUUUACUAUUUUACUCAAGGGUGCCAAUGGAGAUGAGUUAAAGAAAGUGAAACACGUGGUCCAAUAUGCUGUUUUUGCCGCUUAUCAUUUGGCUCUUGAGACAUCAUUUCUGGCUGAUGAAGGUGCAUCACUUCCGAAUCUCCCUUUGAAAUCUCCUAUAGCUGUUGCUUUACCUGAUAAGCCAUCAACUAUUGAAAAGUCCAUUUCCAUCAUACCUGGUUUUGCUGUCCCCAGUACUGGAAAGCCUAUGGCAUCCCAGCCUAUUAGUGAACCACAGAAAUCAAACAGCCUUAUCUUGGGCAGAGCCUCACCCUCCAAUACUGUGCCCACUUGCAAUUUUGAAGAGGCCAGGGCCAGUUCAAAUCACUUGUCAAAAGGGCCUAUCUCUCAGACUUCCUGUCAAGAAUCCACCUCAAGCUCUGUUGUAGCUACUGCCUCCUUCAAUUUGCUGGCUUCUUUAGGGAAGAAUAUUUCUUCUUGCAAUAAUGAGCCUUCCACAAAUUUUGCUUCUAGAGAGGAUGAUGCAGUGGGUCCUAAAGAACCCAUUGAAGACAAAACAUCUAGUAAUGCAGAAUCUCUGAUGGAUGAUAGGCUACUUUCUGAUUGUUGUCACUUGUCGGAUGCAUCAGAACAAGGUCUUCUCAGAAAUCAAGCUGAUAGCAAUACAUUGGUUGCAAAUCACCUAUUGGGUCCCCAGUUUGCAACUUCAAAAGAUGAUUCUAAUAGUAACACUGAAGAGAUGGGAGCUUCAAAGGAAGAGUUUCCUCCAUCACCUUCAGACCACCAGAGCAUUUUGGUGUCCUUAUCAACAUGUUGUGAGUGGAAGGGCACUGUGUGUGAAUGGGCUCAUAUCUUUCGAAUCAAAUACUAUGGGAAUUUUGAUAAGCCAUUGGGGUGGUUUUUACGAGAUCAUCUGUUUGAUCAGAGUUACCAAUGCCGUUCAUGUGAAAUGCCGUCUGAGGCACAUGUUCGUUGUUAUACUCACCGGCAAGGAAGCCUUACUAUAUCUGUUAAGAAACUGGAAGAGUUUACCUUACCAGGAGAGAGAGAAGGCAAAAUUUGGAUGUGGCAUAGGUGCUUGCGAUGUCCUCGAAUCAGUGGAUUCCCUCCAGCCACUCGGAGGGUUGUAAUGUCAGAUGCUGCCUGGGGUUUAUCCUUUGGGAAAUUUUUGGAGCUGAGCUUUUCUAAUCAUGCAGCUGCAAGCAGAGUUGCGAGCUGUGGCCAUUCCCUUCACAGAGAUUGUCUUCGGUUCUAUGGUUUCGGGAGAAUGGUUGCUUGCUUCCAAUAUGCUUCAAUUCAUGUGCAUUCUGUUUACCUUCCACCUCCAAAGCUGGAAUUUAAUCAUGACACCCAAGAGUGGAUCAAAAAGGAAGUAGAUGAGGUGAAAAGCAGGGCAGAAAUACUAUUUAAUGAAGUGCAAAAUAUCCUUCAAAAGAUGUCAGAGAAAAUUUCAGAUUCAAGGUCACCUUAUGGUGGCUCGAAGGCACCUGAUAGAAGAAUCAAUAUUGAAGAAAUGGAACUCAUGCUGCAAAAAGACACAGAAGAAUUCCAGGAAUCUUUUCAGAAAGCAGUGUCUAGGGAAGGGAGAGCUGGCCAACCAUCAAUUGAUAUUCUUGAGAUCAAUAAGCUGCAGAGGCAGAUACUCUUCCAUUCUUAUGUUUGGGACCGUCACCUGAUAGGGCAUGCAUCCAGUUUAACUAACAAAAAUCUCCAAGAAGUUAUAGGAAGUUCUGUGCGAAAACCUUUAUUGAAGCCUGCAAGUUCUGUGGAGAAACUUGAUGAGAUGAACGUCAGUCCCAAGCCUGGUAAAGCAUUAAAUAAUUCUGACCUUGUCGGUGUGGAGACCAGGCCUAAUAUUAGCCUCUAUCAAGGAGGAAAUAGUGGUAAUAUUGAGACGGAUGAUAAUCAUAAAGAUCAUGGCAUGGAUCAGCACCUAGAUAAUAGAAAGGGCAAUAAGCCUUCUCUUUGUCCUAGUGUGACUUCCAGUGAAAAAUGUAAACCUCUAGAAUCUGGAAAAAUUGCAAGAAGUGCCCUCUCAGAGGUUGAGUUUCCACUUAUGGCAAAUUUAUCUGAUACACUUGAGACUGCCUGGACGGGUGGAGGUCAUCCAGGUAGCAUAUCAGCUAAAGAGAAUGACCAUUCUAUUCCUGAUUCUUCCUUGAUAGAUCCAUCAACAGUGGUAAAAACAGUUGCUGUAAAUUCAGAUCUUGGAGUCAGUAGAAUUGAUCACGGUGGGCCUGAUGUGGCUCGUUCCUCUCCGUCUGUUUCACCUACGAAGGAACCUGAAUUUGUGGAAAAUUCUAUGAGUGUGGCAAGGAUGCCUUCUUCAAAUUCCAAUGCUUCAUUCGGCAAUAUUUCUUCAUUGAAUUCUCCAAAGCUAGUUGUUGGUGAGUACAACCCUGUCUAUGUCUUGUCAUUUAGGGAGUUGGAAAAGCGAAGUGGGGCAAGGUUGCUUCUUCCUGUUGGUGUUAAUGACACAGUUGUGCCUGUUUAUGAUGAUGAGCCCACUAGUGUUGUAGCAUAUGCACUUGUGUCAUCUGAUUAUCAUGUCCAGAUGUCUGAGCUGGACAUAGCCAAAGAUGCUUCAGACACUGCAGUUACAUUAUCCCUUUUUGAUUCAGUGACUCUGCUCUCCCUUAGCUCUUUCGACGAAACAUUGCCAGAUUCCUUUAGAAGUUCAGGAUCUGGUGAGGAAAUUAUCUCCUCUAAAUCUCCAUCCCGAACCUCCCAGGGUGCUGACCCACUGCUCUGCACGAAGGACUUCCAUGCCAGGAUUUCCUUUACAGAUGAUAGUCCUCUUGGCAAGGUCAGAUAUUCUGUGACCUGUUACUAUGCUAAGCAGUUUGAGUCCUUGAGGAGGAUUUGCUGCCCUUCUGAGCUAGAUUUUAUACGGUCUCUAAGUCGUUGUAAGAAGUGGGGUGCCCAAGGUGGCAAGAGUAAUGUCUUCUUUGCAAAGACCUUGGAUGAUCGAUUCAUCAUCAAACAAGUUACAAAGACAGAGCUAGAGUCAUUCUUGAAGUUUGGACCUGAUUAUUUCAAGUAUUUAUCUAAAUCAAUCAAGACAGGAGGCCCAACUUGCUUGGCAAAGAUCUUGGGAAUAUAUCAGGUAUUAUUUGUUGCACUCACACACUCACAAUAAUUAGAGAGCUUAAGUUGCCAACCUGUUAAGAGUAGUU